AGAGUAUGUAGUGAAGCAUUUCGACAGGUAUGACCAUGGGUUGUGCUGGUAUACUAGAUAUACUAGAUAUUAGUUUUGGUAGAAUGGGGACUCAGUUUGCGAGCUGAGGCCGAGUGUGGCUUCGUAUGCGUUGCUAGGUCUGGUCUCUCUUUUUCUGUCUUCUGGUUUGUAGCGUGGCGUGAGAUAGACACGUGUUUGGUCCUAACGAGAGAAUUAUGAGCAACAAAAGCAUCGAAGACUCGCUGCAUUUGCCAGAAUUAAGUUCAGGCAAUCAAGAACCAAACGAUCAAUUCACCAGCAAUGACGACUUACAAGGGGAUGAAUUUAGUUCUCCGACAUCAGAAGUGGGAUUCGGCCCUAACCAAACUUUGUCAAGGGAUGUCUUCGCGUUGUUGGAGCAACAAAACCGGAAUUUUCUGGAACUGGUUAAGAAACUACAGAUGCCGGCGAGCACAGUACAACAGACUGGCGGGAUUUGCUUGCCGAAAUAUAAUCCGGACAUUGCUGGGGUGGAUGCCACGCAGUGGUGCGCUACGGUCGACAUAAUUUUACGAACGAAACCGCUAAGUGACAGCGCUCUUAUAUUAGCGCUGAGUAAGGCCUUGGAAGGCACAGCGGCCCAGUGGUUGUCACAAAUAUGCUACCCAGGAAUAACUUGGCAUCAGUUCCGGCAAUUAUUUGAGCAGCGUUUCGAGUCUUCAGAGACGCCAGCCGCUGUUAUUUUUAAUCUUCUAAAUAGUCGCCCAAGGAACGGUGAGAGCUUGCCUGUUUUUGCGAGCCGCAGCGUGACGUCACUGUGCACAAAAUUGCGUAAUUUAAAUUGUGAACAAAUUUCCAUCGCUUUGAUUCUUGGGCAUAUGGCUAAUUUCGACCGGCGUUUACAACGAAUGAUACACACAACGCAUAUCAGCAAUCGACGUGAGCUGCAAGCGGAGCUGCAAGUAUUUUCUGCUCUGAAGGAGCGUCCUAUUGCACCAAACUGGGAACCGGAGACUAAGCGGGCUAAAACUGCGGAUCUAAAAUGUUAUCAGUGUGGAAAACCAGGACAUAAAAAGCAAAGACUGUAGAUCUGGACUAGGAUUUCAGUUCUCGUCAACUGAAAAGGAGCGGCGUUCUGGGAA